CACUCACAAAUCACAUACAUAAACGCAUUUCUUGCUCCAACACAUAAAUUAAGUCAAAAAAACACCUUUUCUUGUUCCUUCAUACAAAUCUUGAAAAGAUAGCACAAAAUUUUUGGCCAACUUGUAUCAACAGUCGCCCCUCCCCUUGUGCUAUAAUUGGGGUACGAGGAGCAAGACAUUGGCAAGCUCAUGCGUAGCACCGAAUGCGAUAAGUUAUCCAUGGCCUGUGACCUGCCCUUUUUAGGCCCCAGGCAAACCAUGGAGCUCCAAGAACUCAGUCGAAAGCCCAAACGUAGUUCUUCGCACACGCUUGGUGAGCUUUUGCAGCAUGUUGGUAACUCGGCGGUCGAGCCGUCUCACCAAGUUCUUGAUGUCCGUGAACCUGUUUUCCAGCCUGCAGCCUCGAUGCCUUUUGUUCUCUCCUUUCAUAACCUCACCUAUAGUGUCAAAGUCCGUCGAAAAGUCCUGCCCGCCUGUUUUAGCAGGAGUAGUACUAACAAUCCCGAUAAUAGGAACUUGAUUGAGCACAAGUCUCGGAUGAAAGUUCUGCUGAAUGAUAUCUCAGGAGAGGCGAGGGAAGGUGAAAUCAUGGCGGUUCUUGGGGCAAGUGGCUCGGGGAAGUCGACAUUGAUUGAUGCUUUGGCAGAUCGUAUAGCCAGAGAAAGCCUCAAAGGAACGGUUACUUUGAACGGUGAAGUUCUGGAGUCCAAGCUUCUCAAAGUAAUAUCAGCAUAUGUUAUGCAAGAUGAUCUGUUGUUUCCUAUGUUGACAGUAGAGGAGACCUUCAUGUUUUCAGCAGAAUUCAGGCUUCCAAGAACCAUGUCCAGAUCCAGAAAGAAAGCCCGAGUUCAGGCCCUGAUAGACCAAUUAGGCCUGCGAAGCGCUGCCAAGACUGUGAUCGGAGACGAGGCCCACCGUGGGGUUUCUGGUGGUGAAAGGAGGCGCGUUUCUAUCGGGACGGACAUAAUUCACGAUCCCAUUUUACUGUUUCUUGAUGAGCCCACUUCAGGGCUCGACUCCACAAGCGCAUACAUGGUUGUCAAGGUCCUGCAGAGAAUUGCACAGAGUGGAAGUAUAGUUAUCCUGUCAAUUCACCAGCCAAGCUAUAGAAUCCUCAGCUUGUUAGACCGUCUGAUCAUUCUUUCUCAUGGCCAAACGGUGUUCAGUGGCGCUCCGGGGGUUCUUCCCCAGUUCUUUGCAGAGUUCGGGAAGCCGAUCCCCGUAAAUGAGGAUAAAACUGAAUUUGCUCUUGAUUACAUACGAGAGCUGGAGAGCACACCUGGGGGAACCAAGAAUCUGGUGGAUUUCAACAAGACAUGGCAGAAGAGAAACCCCCUAAGCAGGAGCUCAACAGGGCCAAAACUCUCACUCAAAGAUGCCAUAAGUGCAAGCAUUUCCAUGGGGAAACUGGUUUCUGGAGCCACAAACAUGGACCCAAACCUCUCAUCUUCUGUCCCAAAAUACGCGAACCCUUUCUGGAAAGAAAUGGUUGUCAUAGCAGACAGAGCAAUCACAAACUCUAGAAGGGCUCCUGAGCUGUUUGGAGCAAGAUUUGGGGCAGUUCUUGUGACUGGAAUUAUACUCGCCACCAUCUUCUGGAGGCUUGACAAUUCACCUAAAGGUGUUCAAGAAAGAUUAGGCUUCUUCGCCUUUGCCAUGUCCACAACUUUCUACACCUGCGCUGAGGCCAUACCGGUAUUUCUCCUUGAAAGAUACAUCUUCAUGAGAGAAACUGCUUACAACGCUUACCGACGUUCGUCUUACGUUCUCUCUCAAUCAAUAAUCUCCAUUCCUUCUCUGCUAAUCCUUUCGCUCGCGUUUGCUGUCACUACUUACUGGGCAGUAGGAUUAGCAGGCGGCACGUCUGGAUUCCUCUUCUACUUCAUCUUCAUCCUAGCUUCCUUCUGGGCCGGAAGCUCAUUCGUCACGUUCCUUUCCGGGAUCAUCUUCAACCUGAUGAUGGCUUACACAGUUGUGGUGGCCAUUUUGGCCUAUUUCUUGCUGUUCAGUGGAUUCUUCAUAACCCGAGACCGAAUCCCAUCUUACUGGAUCUGGUUCCACUACGCUUCUCUAGUGAAGUACCCUUAUCAAGGGGUGAUGCAGAACGAGUUUGACGAUCCAUCCAAGUGCUUUGUCAGGGGCAUUCAGGUGUUUGAUGGCUCACCACUGAGGGCAGUGCCCGACUCACUGAAGCUCAAGCUUCUGAAAUCAAUGAGCAAGACUCUGGGGAUGAACAUCACAAGCUCAACAUGUUUAACUACAGGAUCAGAUAUACUGAAACAGAGUGGAGUAACUGACAUAGACAAAUGGAGCUGCUUGUGGAUCACCAUUGCUUUGGGGUUUUUCUUCAGAGUUCUGUUCUACUUUGCCCUCUUGAUUGGGAGCAAGAAUAAGAGAAGGUGAUGAGGAUGGAAGGACAUGAUCAAUCUGUUAAUUUGCUUUGUUGUAAGAUUUGAUCAGUUAGUUCGUGUAUGUCUUCUUCGUUUCUAAUGUUAGUUGCAAGAAGUUGUGUGAUGAAAGUUGUUAGAUUCUUGGCUGAAAGGAGAACACAUGAGAGGAUAGUUUAAGCAACUUAGAACAACAUGCGGUUCUUAUGUUUGAUCAUUUCCAGCAACAAUUAUUUAGAAAAAAAAUGCUAUAUAUUACUUAACUUUUCUCCUU